AUGUCAUCCGUGAGCAGCAAGAUCGCCUUAAACAGCUCGAACAAGAAGCAAAACGCCAACGAGAAGCUGAACGGGAUAUGCGAAGAGAAACAAGAUGGCGCAGAGAGCUGGAAGAAAAACUCCAAAAAUCUCGAAGUCGACCUCAAGGCUAAAACUAUGCGACCCGAUCGCAAAGCUAGCCCCCACAGGGAACAAGACCCGUUCAUGAAUAAAAUCAUGAAAGCUAAAGUCCCAAAAGACUUCAAAGCUCCCGACAUGACCCCAUAUGAUGGAAGAUCUGACCUAAGCCAUCACCUCAGCAACCUCAGGUGUCAGAUGUACCUCACGGAUGCCUCGAAAGCAACUCGCUGUAAGGCCUUCCCGACUACUCUCACCAAAACAGUUAUAAAAUGGUUUGACAGUCUACCCCAAAGAUCAAUCACAAGCUUCGAUAACCUCGCCAAAAAAUUUCUAGCUAGGUUUUCCAUACAAAAGGACAAAGCCAAACAUGCUCCAAGCCUGGUAGGGAUCAAGCAAGGAGACCAGAAAAGCCUCCGCAGCUACAUGGAAAGAUUCAAUAAAGCAUGCCUCAACAUACAGAACCUCCCCAUAGAAGCUGCCAUCAUGGGACUCAUCAACGAUCUACGUGAGGGGCCCUUCAGCCACUCCAUAUCUAGGAAACAACCCACAUCCCUGAACGAAGUGGAAAAACAGGCUGAGAAAUACAUCAACAUGGAGGAAAACUCCCAAUUUGGAGAAACCUCCAAAGUUGGGUUCCCUUAUCCAUCUCGGGACAAAGAUAAAGAGUCAAGAAAAAAGGAGGACCAACCCACAGAGAAGCCCAGGAAAUACCAUAACUACACCCCUCUUUGGGUAUCUUUAGUGGACGUCUAUCGGAAAAUAUGCAACACAGAAAAGAUCCCACCUUCUCGCCCAAUUAAACACAAAAGGAGAGGAAGUCGGACCGAGUACUGCGAAUACCACAGAAUCUACGGCCACCCCACUAACGAGUUCUAUGACUUGAAGAAUGUCAUAGAAAAACUGGCCCGAGAAGGAAAACUAGAUCGAUUCCUAGCCAACAGAACGGACGAGCUAAUAAAGAGAAAAAGGGAUGAAGAGGGCGAACGAGCUGAACGUCCCCCUCACACCCUGGAAAGGCGCGUUCAUAUGAUCAACGGAGGAUUCACAGGAGGAGAAAUCUCCAAAUCGUCCGCAAAAGACACGUUAAAGAAAUAUACCAUGUUGGCGAAGGGGAUAGGUCACCCGACCUCCCUACUAUUUCUUUCACCAAAGAAGAUGCCGCAGGCAUCAUCCUUGGGCAUGUUGACCCCGUGGUUAUUACCAUCAUACUGGCUAACGCCAACCUCCACCGAACACUGGUUGACUAGGGAAGCUCCGCAGACAUCCUAUUCAAAUCCUCCUUCGACAAGCUCGGACUACAAGAGAAGGACCUCAGAGCAUAUCCCAACAGCUUAUUCGGGCUAG